AUGUUCUCACAGACAAUGAAGAACAAGCAUUUGUUUAUCUUUGAAAUCACCUUAUUUGUGGAAAUAGUAACAGGAACCUUAGGAAAUGGAUUCAUAGCAGUGGUUAAUAUCAUAGACUGGGUCAAGAGAAGAAAAGUCUCUGCAGCAGACCAGAUUCUCACUGCUCUGGCUCUUUGCAGACUCAGCUUGGUGUGGUCUGUGCUCAUUUGUACAUUGUUUUUCAUAUUGUGCCCACAUUUGUUUAUGAGUUCAGAAAUGCUUACAGCGAUGAGUAUUAUCUGGAUAAUGAACAACCAUUUCAGCAUCUGGCUUGCUACCAGCCUCAAUGUCUUUUAUUUUCUCAAGAUAGCAAAUUUUUCUAACUCUUUUUUUCUUUACCUAAAAUGGAGAGUUAAAAAAGUGAUUUUAAUGAUGCUAAUGGCAUCUCUGAUUUUCUUGAUUUUAAACAUUGCAAUUGUAGAGACAUGUAGUCAUUCCUGGUUUGAUGUGUUUGAAGGAAAUAUGUCUUAUAGUUUGAGUGAUUCACCACAAUUUCUGAGAGUUCUCUUAUUCACCAACUCAUCCAAGGUUUUCUUAAUGGCCAAUUUAUCCCAUGCUUUUUUACCCAUCAAUUCUAUGUUCAUGUCUAUCCCCUUCAGUGUAUCACUGGUAGCUUUCCUCCUGCUCAUCUUCUCCCUGUGGAAGCAUCACAAGAAGAUGCAGACCAUUACCAAACGACCAGGAGAUAUUAGCACCAUGGUCCAUGUGAAAGCCAUGCAAACUGGGUUCUCUAUUUUGCUGCUGUAUAUGAUAUAUUUACUUUUUAUUGUCAUAGGAAUUUUGAGCCUUGGAUUUAUGGGGGAAAUAGUGACAAUUUUAUUUGACUACUUUUCUGCAUUAGCUUUUCCUAUAAGCCACUCGUUUGUUCUAAUUCUGGGAAACAGUAAGCUAAGACAAGCCACUCUGUGCUGCAGUGUCUGA